AUGCAAGAACUGGGUAAUAAUAAGGAUGUGGUGCUCAAAAUAGGCACAGGAGAUGCGGCUGUGAAGGCUCUGCGGAACGAGGCCUCUCUGCUCCAACGGCUGGCAGACCGCGGCGUCGGGAAGGGGGUAGAGCAGCUGGUAGGAUUCGCUGAGUGCCAGAUCUCUGCGGACGGGGAGCCAUUGCAUGCUCGCUAUGAGAACGAUGCAGACAAGGGUAGCGGCGAGAGCAGCAUCCUUCGCCCUGGCAGACAGGCGCGGAGCAUGCCUGGGAAGGUCGAGCAGAGGGCUGUGUUAGCAAUGCAACCGUACUGGCCCCAGGCCGAGCAAGUGGAUCGGAUUCAGGGUACGGAGGGUGUAAGGGAGCUUGUUCGCUUGCUGAUCAGGGAUGUCGCAGUGCAAGGUGGCGUCGUUGUGAGUGAUGUACAGGUGCUGGAGUCCGGGGUGGGGGAGGAACCGGCAGCAGAUGGGAACCAUGGCACUUUCUUAUUGAUAGAUCUCACAGAGGGGAUGGUGUUGGUGGAAAACAUCGAAGAGAGUCCAGCCGAAAAGAGCCCUGUUGCCAAUGCAGCCCUCCGAUCAUUUCUUGGGGAGGUUGCUUCUUUGGUCGCAUACACAGCCGAGGCUCACACAGCGGCUGUUGAGGAGUCGAAAACAUGGGGUAUGCCUGUCCUGUGCGAGCUUGUCAGAGAGGCGUUUCCAAUGGCAGCGGAAGAACUUUAA